AUGGCGCCAGAAAGAAUUGAAAACGUCGCUGCCCAGGGCAUUUCCUACUACACGCCAGCCCAAGAUCCCCCCGCAGGCACGCAACUCAACGGAUCCACCAAGCUCUUCACUCCCAUCACAAUCCGCGGCGUCACAUUCCCCAACCGCCUUUUUCUCUCCCCUCUGUGUCAGUAUUCGGCCGAUAAUGGAUACGCAACUGAUUGGCACUUGACCCAUCUCGGUGGCAUCAUUCAACGUGGUCCAGGGCUAGCGAUUGCCGAGGCGACCGCUGUGCAGCGCUUGGGUCGCAGUACACCCGAAGACCUCGGCAUCUGGGAAGAUGGUCACAUCGAGCCGCUGAAACGUAUCGUCGAGUUCGCGCACAGUCAGAGUCAAAAGAUUGGCAUUCAACUACAGCACGCGGGUCGCAAAGGCAGUGGCGUCACACCUUGGUUGAGAGGCAAUGGCGUGGCUGUCAAAGAAGGUGGUGGAUGGCCAGACGAAAUCGUUGCUCCUUCAGCAAUUCCCCAAGUCGAGGGAGUCAACCCAGUCCCCAAGGCUCUGACCGCGGAGGAGAUUGAAGAGCUGAAGACGGCCUAUGCAGAGGCUGCACAAAGGGCGGUCAAGGCUGGUUUCGAUGUCCUUGAGAUUCACGCGGCCCAUGGAUAUCUACUGCAUCAAUUCUUGAGCCCUGUCAGCAACCGCCGGACAGAUGCCUAUGGAGGAAGUUUUGAGAACAGAACGAGACUUUUGUUGGAGAUUGUGGAGCGGAUUCGAGCCGUCAUUCCGGAAACCAUGCCGCUCUUUGUCCGCAUCAGCGCUACGGAUUGGUUCGAAUUCGACGAAAAGCUGAAGCAAGAGUUUCCGGAGAGCUGGACAGUUGACCAGUCAGGACAGCUUGCAUCCUUGUUGGCCGAUCGAGGUGUUGAUUUGGUCGACGUCAGCUCUGGCGGUAUCCACGCAAAGUCUGCUAUCGCCAUCAGGCCAGGACCCGGUUAUCAGGUCCAUCUGGCCCAGGCGAUUAAGAAGGCCGUGGGAGACAAAGUGCUCGUUUCUGCUGUUGGAGGCAUCAAGACUGGUACCCUCGCUGAGGAGGUGUUGCAGUCUGGCAUUGACGUGGUCAUGGCUGGACGGUGGUUCCAGCAGAACCCUGGCCUGGUUGAUGCAUUUGCUCGGGAACUAGGUGUCGAGGUGAAGAUGGCAAACCAGAUUGGCUGGGGCUUUAGGGGCCGUGGGAAGAAGGUAACCAAGAUCUAG